AAGGUGCGGACCCCGGCGAGCGGGAGGUAGAGGUCUGUGUGCCGGCUUCCGGCCCGCUCUACAAGAACAUCCACGAGGAGCUCUACGAGGAGAAACCCGCAGAUCUAGAGGCCGGCUCUACGGCCACCUUUCGUCGAAGUCUUCGCGCCAGGAAAAAGUGUGACACUGUACAGGAGGUGCUGCUCCCAGAGGAGGAAAACGGGCUAGAAAAGAAACCUAGACUGCUGCUUCAAUUCAAUUGCCACGUUUGCUUAAUUAGUUUGGCCUCUAAAUGGGACCUGGAUACGCACAUGAAGACCCAUUUAAACGAGAAGACCUAUCAAUGUGGAGAGUGCAAACACAAAUAUGUUCGGAAGGAACACCUUUACCGUCACUUGAUGACGCACACAGGUCAAAAACCGUUCAAAUGUGAGCGGUGUGAAAAGAGCUUCAGUCGGAAAGAUAAACUUCUUCGUCAUGAAAGGAGGCACACUGGCAACUUUUAAAGGAAAUGAUUCUGUCGAUGCUAUUUUAUGGUGCACGUACUUAAUCAAAGACUAUCAAUGUGUUUUUCCCAAGAUUAUCAAAUUUUUUAUUCUUUUGUUUCAUUCAAUGUUAAUUUCCUUGGAUGCAAUUGCCUACUAGCAAUUUUAAUAUAAGCAUCCGCAAGGUUCAUUUCAAAACUAAGUAUUUUUUUUUUGUGUCCUAAUUCCCACAUCUACACAUCUUUUUACUCACAGUUUUCGUCGAAUUCCUUUUCUGUUUCAAUCUUUAACUUUUACGACAGUGUGAAAUAUCUAAUAUAUCUAAUUUCCGUUCUAAUUAAAUUAAAUUUGUAAGCAAA